GAGGGUCAGACUCCCACCAGCUCACCCGGCCAUCCUGGACUCCCCCCCGGACCGUGGGGCCUGGAUGGACACCUCGGAGGCCAACAGCACCACGGAGGAGGAAGAGGAGAAAAUGGCGGCCGAGCAGCGUCCCAGGACCCGCUCCAACCCAGAGGGGGCCGAGGACCGGACCCUCAGCAUGCAGGCCAGCGUGGGGAGCCGGAGCGAAGGGGAGGGGGAGGCGGCCAGCACCACCACCACCACCACCCUGCCCCCCAGUGCUGGCGUCCAGGCCCCCAACGGCAAGACCUGGCUGGCCCCGACCCCUCCCUCCGAGUUCCAGGUCCGGACGCCGCGGGUGAACUGCGCAGAGAAAGUGAUCAUCUGCUUGGAUCUCUCGGAGGAAAUGUCCCACCCGAGGCUGGAGUCGUUCAAUGGGCUGAAGACCAACGCCCUCAACAUCUGCCAGAAGAUGAUCGAGAUGUUUGUCCGCACCAAGCACAAGAUCGACAAGAGCCACGAGUUUGCGCUGGUGGUGGUGAACAACGACGUCACUUGGCUUUCCGGCUUCACCUCUGAACCCCGGGAGGUUUGCAGCUGCUUGUACGACUUGAAGACCAUCCUCUGCAAGUCCUUCAAUCUGGACGGCCUUUUCAACCUGAUACAGCAGAAGACGGAGCUCCCGGUGAUGGAGAACAUCCAGACCAUCCCGCCGCCUUACGUGGUCAGGACCAUCUUGGUCUACAGCCGCCCCGCUUGCCAGCCGCCCGUGGUGGUGACCGAGCAGAUGAAG